AUGCAGCAAGAUGAGGAGCUUCGAUCCGUUGUCCACUACUCCCUCGAUGAAAUGUUGAAAGCGGCUGCCGAUUGCAACGUCAGUCUCAAGGCAAAUCCCUACGAGGCACACCAGAAUCUGAACCCGUUCGUCACUCGACAUGGUGUUGGCAUCUUUGAGUUCUACAAGAAUAACCCGGAGAAGGCGCGCCGGUUCGCGAAAGCCAUGGCUGGAUUGAGAAAGAUGGAUCGCCAUCUCGACUAUCUGCUCAAAGAUGGCUUCGACUGGUCUGCUAUCAAGGGCACGGUCGUUGAUUGCGGAGGGGGUAACGGCCAUAUUUCCAAGACUUUGGCUCAACUUUAUCCCGACUUGAAUUUUGUGGUGCAAGACUCCAAUGCCGACAUGCUUGCCGAGGGUCGAGACUCACUUGCCGAUGACCUGGGCGGUCGAGUGACAUAUGUUCGACACAGCUUCUUCGAGCCACAGCCGAUUAAAGGCGCUGCUGCUUUCCUCAUCCGCCAAUGUACACACAACUGGGCUGAUGAAGAUGUGGUCACCAUUUUCAAGUCGUUCGUUCCUGGACUCGAAAACUCCAGCCCAGAUACUCCACUUCUCAUCAAUGAUAUUAUAAUUCCGGGGCCAGGUAGCUGGCCUCGUCAUCAGGAGCGUGUCGUGCGCCAGGUCGACAUGGUCAUGUUGGUGAAUUGUGGUGCCAAGCAACGCACCAAGGCUGAGUUCGAGACACUGUUGAAGGAGGCGGAUCCUAGGUAUGAGAUUCGCAAUGUCUUUGACAACGGGCCGUUGGGUCUGCUUGAGGUUUAUCUGAAGAGGCCUUGA